AUGGGACCGACGGAACAACAUAAAGUUUUUAGUGGACACGGGAGCAGCUAUCAGCGUUAUACCCCCAAAGAACAGCAAGACCGAAAGGCGACCCCGUAUAAACUCCAGGCAGCAAACGGCUCGACGAUCGAGACAUAUGGAGCCAAGACACUGACUCUGAACAUCGGUAUGCGGCGCGAUUUUACAUGGACUUUCACCCAGGCAGACGUAAAAACGCCAAUACUCGGUGCAGAUUUCCUGGCCCAUUAUGAUCUAGCCGUGCACAUGAAUACGAGAACUUUAUCAGACAAUACCACGAACAUUGCUGUUAAAGGCACCCUCUCUCGACACAACACCACUGGAAUCAGUGUGACAACUUGCCACGGACGAGAGUACAUCGAGAUCCUAAACAGAUACUCGGACCUCAUUCAACCACUCGCAGGUACCGGUCCGGCAAGACACCAAACACAGCACCAUAUAAAGACCAGUGGACAGCCAACAUUUUCCCACCCACGACGACUUCCUCCUCAUAAGCUGGAAUACGCCCAAAAGGAGACUACCAACUACCAAGCUGCGAUCCUGCACGACAGUCCACCCAAGGACGAACUGACUACACCACAGCACUGUCCGCGUCGAUCCUCUCUCUCUGCAAGCGCCGACGCACCCUUUACUCAAGUACAGACAUCCAGGGAUCGACUGGACCUCGGACAUCCCUGUUUCCAUUCGGCCUACCUCCAAGCUGUCGCCUUGAAACCUGACAACGCUCCUUCAAGACUACACGACCGAACUACUACAAACGAUUAUCUGUAUAUAUUCGUGCCAGAUUUAUUUAAUAAAAUUUGGCUUAAACUUUUACAUCCUCGUUUUUGUUGUCCUUGCUUCGAUCGUAUUACCUUAUAUUAUUUUUCCGUUUGCGGGGUUAACAGUCAACCUGCUUAG